AUGGACUUUUGGUCGCGCUUGAUUGCGGCAACUUCUCUCGCCCCGGCAGACAAGACACCCUCCAACAACCCAGAGAAGCGUCUGGCACGUUUUAAGAAGGAAUACAAUCAACUUCUUACCCAAUUAAAACACCAAGCAACGAACCUAUUUAAAGAUAAUACAGCCGCAGAAACAGUAAAAGCUUCAUUGCAACUGCUAACAACAAUACUCAGCGAUGAAUCGCGGCGACCUCUACCACAUCCAUGUAUAGCUUUUGCAGCGUCAGAAAAAAUUUAUGCCCAAAUAGAAAAGAUAGCCUCAUUUAGUUCUAAUGAAGGGAUCAUUCGGGAAGGGGUAGCAAUCUAUGCAACCCUAAUUGAGAGCGAGGAGGAAGAUUUUGUUCACAACAAUGUUUUUGCACAAAGUCUGAUGAGACUUCUGGUUCGGAUCACCGGUGCAAACAGUCUUCGGAUAGGGUCUGAAACAGAAGCAGAAAUAGUUGAACUCUCUUUCAAUAUCACAACCAAGAUAAGGCUUGAUCCAGAAAUUCUACCAGCAUGGUUCUCAUCGCAACCUCGUGCUAAAGAUUCAAGUCAGGGAGUAGGUCAUGUUGAAGCUUUCGCGGGAAAAACUCAUAGGGAAGACUUUCCAUUAUUUUAUCUCUUGAUUGAUUACAUUCAUCAUGAGGGACGCAUUGGAGAUUUUGCUAGAACUGGUCUUUUAUACAUCAUCGAAGCUGCGGCUAACUCAGCCGCCCUGGAACAAUGGAUUGUGGAGAGUGACCUCGCUACACUAAUGGCAACAGGACUUGGAGCUCUAUAUAGCCAGUUGAGUCGAAAACUAGUCAUUGAUCACCCUGAUGGAGAGUUACCCGCAGUUUUAGCACUUUCAGACUAUCAGCGUCCCUUAUCUACACCGGAAAUUGUCAGUUCAUCCUCGCCAGAUUUUCAAAUGCACAUGGAAACAUUUCUUUCCCAUCUUGUUUUCUGGCAGGACGUACUGAACCAUUGCAAAUCGAUAGAGGUCAAACAAACUUUACUCGAACAUUUUCGUGUUAUUUUUUUACAGCAACUUUUGUACCCUUCUUUGCUUGAAUCUUCUGAUCUCGACGGGGGCUCGUCAGUGGCAGUUAUGACUUAUCUUCGUCGAAUAUUAGAAGUGCUAGACCAUCCAGACAUGAUUCAUCUCAUACUACACUAUUUGCUUGCGCUACCUGAUACUACACCAAGUCCAGCUAAUACCCGAAUAGCCAUUAGCGCGGCACGAAAAAGGAAAUCGAUUGAUUUAGCAACUUUAAUGGCAUCUCACGCUGAGUUAGAGUCGACUCCAGCACUUUUCAACCUUAUAGAUUUAAUUCAUGGAAGCCUCAAAUCGCCAAGUAGAGAAACAAUAUCAGUCACCCUACAGCUAGUCUCUGUUAUUUUAAAGCGGCAUCACAAAUUUGCCGUAUCAACCCUUCUACGAACCAGUCUAGUAAUGUACGAGGGACCGCAACGAACAGUUGGUGCUCAGGAUAGAAUAAUUCAAUUUUUAUUCGAUUUAGUGGAAAAUAUUGAUGUUGAUGGUGAUCUCGACGAAACUUACGAGAAUCAUCUCAAAGAUUGUAUGAGUACUAUCGAAAAUCAUCCAUGUUCUAUGAAAAUUAUCUGCCCAAAGCCUAAUGGUGGUGGCGCUAUAAAGUUUCCCAGCACAUACGCAACUAUACCAGGCGCCCCCCGUGAAAUUAGAACACACACCCUUCGGCCAGAUGAUCCAAUGCUACAAAUUAUGAUUGGAAUCUUAGAUAAUUUUAUCUUGAAUUCUAUAGAAACAAACCUCUCUCUAACUGCAACAAUUACUGAUUUAGCUACUUGUGGUUUUAUGCGUAUUGACGGAUGGCUGCUUCCAGAUAAAUCUAAUUAUAAAUAUGAACAGGUUCAGGGACCAGAUCUAACGGAAAACAAAUCAGAGAAAGAUGAUUUAGAUUCCUUUGAAACUUGCGAGAAGAAUCAUUUACGUGCUUUGAAGCUAGCACAUCGUAUUCCAAAGUUAAAUGAUUCACAGCUUCCUUCUCUUCUUAUGACGCUUCAAAAAAUAGUCGGACAGGUCGCUUUUUAUCGGGAGAGAAUCCCCCGCUUUGAUGAGCUCCUCCAGCAGCGUCGAGAGGCAUUUCAUGUUGCUUCAUCCACCGAAUCGGCUUCAAAUAUAGUACGACAGCCACAACCACAAGUAAAAAAUGAAUCAGUUACAGGACGUCUGUCUCGUCCAAAUGCCUUUGAUACAUUCACCCAACGUUUCUUAACGGAGAUUGGAACACCUACCCGACCUAAAUCUCCGCGAAGUCAUAAAAAGCGAGAGCGUCUUAGUGGAUUCGCUGGAGGUUUUGGCUUUGUUAACCUUAACGGGUCGCGCAGUGCCAGUAACCCUUCAAAUUCUCCCACAGUUUUGGACAUGCCAUUUUCAGUUAGCUCACAGCCUAUAUCUUCAAACCCUAACGACAGCGGAGAGAGUACAAUAGCAAAGAACGAAGCUUUCGCUAACCAGGCUACGGCGUUUGAAGGUAUGGAUCAAAGAAUAAUGUCUAAAAAGAUUAGCCUACCACCCAUCGUUGGGCAUACUGCAUUGGAGCCUUUUAUCGAAAUGGAGCUUGAAACCACAAAAGUAUCUGGCGUGGCUUCAAGAAGUACUAUGGUUUCCAUGGAUAUUGGUGCAGAAGAAAAGACGGAAGUUAACUUAGUGAGCAUUAAUCAUGUCCUCACCAAUGUGAUUAUCCUGCAAGAAUUUUUGCUCGAGUUGGCAGCCCUCAUACAGGUUCGUGCGACGCUCUUCGGAGAAGUCGGCUACAUCUAG